CAGAAAAAAAGUGUUAAUAAUCUUCCUGUCUUGGAUGUUAAUGUGUUGAUGUGUAUGCUUUGAUUUGAGAUGGAAAAAUCCACUCACUUUUUCCCUGCAUUCCCAACCAGACUGGGCUCUCAACCUCAGAUCCUCAUCCCGGGGCCCUUUAUCAGCUAUGAAUCCUUGAGGACUUUUCUGCAACCGGAGCCAUGCAAGGAGGCUCUGCUGCUGGCCACACAGUCAGUUGGGAUUGGGACACUCACAGAAGGCAUAGAUGAACAGAGGCCAGUGAAGCAGCGUCGUGCACGGGCCAACUACAGCAGCUGGCAGCUGGAGGAGCUGGAGAAGGCCUUUGAGACCACCCACUACCCGGACAUCUUUAUGAGGGAGGCCCUGGCUGUCAGACUGGACCUCAUCGAGGCCAGAGUGCAGGUUUGGUUUCAAAACCGCCGUGCCAAGAUGAGGCGACAGCUAAAACUCCAGGGCCAGCUUGCAGGAACUUAUGCAAACAGAGACAUUGAUGAAACGUCUGAGAAACCGAGCAGAAGUCUAAAAGAACAGACAGAAGAUUCUGACGGAGAGAACUGGGAGAGACGACAGGAAGGAAACAAUCCAUGGACAAAAGCUGCAAACACUGCACUGAGUGUGUGUAUGCAGCCUGUGAACCAGAGGUCAGGGAAGUGGGACCGGAGACCGGAGGGGCCGAGCUCAGAGGAGCUCCGCUUCUGUAGCAUCGCCAAGCUGAGGGCCAAAGCCAGAGAGCACGAGGCAGAGAUUCACAGCACUGUGAACACUUCAGGAGGCGACACACAUACACAGGACGCUGAUGACACUUGUGAUGAUUGAUCAUUUUACACGCUUCCUGUUUGUUUGGAUGAUUGUAGCCAAGAAACAGUCAUGAAACACACUUUUCAAACCUUUCA